CGAAGCGUGGGUGGUUUGCGCUCCCAAGUUCUCCUAUCUUCCUUCGCCCUCCACAUAGCCUCUUAUCAAAUCAAACAACCGAGCCGUUACACACGUUGUUCGUUAGGCGCCAACCGAAACGCAGAAACAGAAUGGCACCACCGCAGCCUGCCGAGGCCUCUAGUGCGGCUCCGUCGAACAUAUUCCAAUGUGGCAUCUGUGCCCGAAGCUAUUCCCGGGCGGACCACCUGACCCGCCACAUCCGCUCACACACCCAACACAAACCCUACACUUGUCAGCACUGCGGUAAGUCGUUUGGACGCAUCGAUUUGCUUCGCAGGCACGUGGCCGCCCAUAACCCGGAAAAUGCCUCGGGCAAAGGUGGCCGUGGCGGACGCAUUGCCCGGGGCCAGCACCUGGAGAGGAGAGUCUCGCAGGCAUGUCGAAACUGCUCGCAGAAUCAUUUGAGGUGCUCGGAUAGCAAACCAUGCAGCCGCUGCGUCAAGGAUAGUCUCGAAUGCGUGUGGCCGCAGCAGCAUAAUCAGCCGAAACACCAAUUACCAUUGGAGCAAAACAACUUGCAGGCCGAAGACGGGAAUGAAGACGGAGAAGGGGAUUUGCAAGAGGAUGAAGAUGUAGAAUCAUCCACUGCCGAUCCCGAUGCUGGACGCGGCUCGCUUAUGGCAAAUGUGCCCCCAACAGACGACACUAGCUCCGGCUCGGUGAAUCCGGCUGCCCCACAUUUGAUGACAAUGGACUCGGGCUUCUCCAGACCUCCGGCACCCGACUCCAUAUCGGCGAUUGAUGUCGGCUACUCAAGGCCGCCGCCUCAUAACUCAAUGACUUCGUUAUUGCCGCAAGGCAUACCUAACAAUAUGGAACCGAUGCCGCACAUCGCCGUUCCCCCUCCUGAAGGCGGACUAGACGCCUUUCAGGUAUUCGGCCACCAUCAUCAUGAUUCCAUAAUGACCGAUUUCCCGCACUCACCACGCCGCCUGCCAGCAUACGCUUUUCUUGAUGCCGACUUUGACCUUAACGAAGUCGAUCUCGGGUUUCUCGAAUCUUAUAAUACCAACAUUCCUUUCAAUCUCUACUUCCAAGAGAGCCCCAACACCAUCACCAGCCCGGCAACAACUAGACAGGAGACAGUGAGCUCCAUAUCGGGCAUCGCCGUCAACGAGUCUUCUGCUCCCGCGGCGGUGGCAAGUCAGACUCGACGAUCAAGGUGGCGUUUUGUGCCCAACAAGAAUGACCGUGGCGGCAACGAGGAACAAAACCUUUCCCUACCUACCGAAGAUCUGGGAACUUCGCCCGAGUCUCGAAUCCACUUCCAACAAGGACUAGGCACAGCUGAGCCGUUGCGAACGAGUACAAGGGACAAGCUGUUAUGCAUGAUUGUGGAGAACUGCCGUCCCGACAACCGGAUCAAGGCAGUGUCGUCGUUCCCGUCAACGGAGCUCCUCAACGUUCUCAUUCAGUUCUAUCUGACAUCAACAAUAUCGCAGCCAGAGUCUUUUAUACACCUGGCUUCAUUCAGUCCUAAUACCGCGCGGCCCGAGCUGGUGGCAGGGAUAAUAGCUCAUGGUGCCGUCAUGACGCUCGACCCAACAUUGGUCAAACUGGGCUUCGCAAUCCAAGAGUGCGUGAGGGUGGCCAUUCCAAGAAGGUGGGAAGCCGACAACCGCGCAACCCGCGACCUCGAACUUGCCCAGGCAUUCUUGAUCAACCUCCGAAUUAGCCUAUGGUCCGGCGACUCACGGAAGAUGGAGAUUGCCGAAUCGUUCCUGCAGCCGCUUCUUACCAUUCUGCGUCGGGCCGGAAACCUCCAACGGUCCCGCUACCCACCCUUGAACCUCCAGCUCCUCCAAACGACGGAAAACUUGGAUGAGGAGUGGAGAAGCUGGGUGGAGCUGGAAUCCUGGAAGCGGCUCGUCUUUCAAUUAUGGCUUCAUGACGCCGACAACAGCAUCGCACUACUUGUUCAGCCGCUGUUGUCGUAUGCCGAGUUCCACGCCCCGCUGCCUGACCACCCGAGUACGUGGCGCGCUGGCGGACCUGAGGAGUGGCGGCGAGCUCAACUGCAUCAGCUCGAGAGCAGUGACCCAAUCGCUCGCAGCGAGCAGUCACAUCAUUUCGUAGUAAAGCCAAGCAUAGUGGACUAUCUGGCCGACUUCAACACCGUCGACUCGAUCGUCUCUAUACGCGCGUCUGUUGACCAGCGUCUCGCCAAGCUCUCCUUCCUGGCCGGCGUUUGGCGGCUCAGCUGGGAGUAUAACCAACUGAAGGCUUUACAGCGGCCGACCUUCAACGCUAUCAACCACUCCAUGCCCCCAGGCGGCCAGACGCACCUGCGAACAAGCUUUUUCAUGACGUCCCGCUACGACGAGCUUCACAGCAUGCUGGACCGCUUCGCCCUCGGCCAGGACCAGCACUCCACGCCCGAGGUCACCCUCCGGCUCGAAGUCGUCCGCCUAAGCCUGGACGUGCCGCUGGCGGACGUGCAGUUCUUUGCGGGCCUCGACGGGCCCGAGGAGGCGCGCCGCGUGCAUCCGGCCCUGCGGAUGUGGGUAUGCACCCCUUCUGCCCGGCGGGCGGUCGCACACGCCGGUCAAGUCGUCCGGGCGACGAGGCGCGUCAGCAAGACCGACAUGUCUGGGCUGGCCGCGACGGCGCUGUACCACUCGGCGCAGGUUCUGCUGGUCUACGGGGCGCUGCUGCGCGAGGCCGGUGUCGAUACGCCCAGGGAUGCGACUGCGGUGUUUCUGGACGGCGAGGACCGCGACGCGAUUGAGCGGUUUGUGCACCUCGAUCGUGGGUCCCCGGCCGUGCGCCUGUAUGGCGGUCGUGCUUGUGCUCAACAGCCGUCGUCGAAUUAUGCAGAUGGGGUCCAGGAGAAGCAAGCCCAGCAGCAACAGACCAUGACUGCCCUCUUGUCCGACUCGCCGAUGGUCUUGAAGGCCGUGUCCCAGGUUCUCAGGUCCAAGUAUGAAGAUGGGCGAAGGCCUAUUCUAAUCGACAGCAUCAUCCAACUCUUGACAGAUCUUGGAGGCGACGGGUCUGGGGUGUAAAAUUGCAGCCUUGGGGCGUGCAUCAAGUAUUAAUGAUUGUAAGAUUUCUGUGUCCUUUUUUGGCUGAUCAGAGUGUGUCUGUGAGUGUGUGUGUGUAUAGCAGCUUCUGUAACCAUAUAACAUUUGUAUAGUACAGACCCCCACGGUCCUUCACGAUAAAUCCGUC